AUGUUCUUUUUGACUUUAGGAUAUAAUCUAAAGUUCUGGAGUGAGUUCUCUAUAGUAAUGAAUGGUACUGAGAAGGAUGAAUAAGAUGAAGAUUACUUUUAUAGCUGGCAGAUUAGAAAUGAGUUUUCAGGUCAGUUGAAAAUAAUAGAAAGCAAAAUCAACAAUUAAAUUGGUCAUUAGUAAAGUAAAAGUACUAGUUCAAAUUGA